AUGGCGAUCAACUGGAUCCUCCUCAUCAGCCGACAAGGCAAAGUACGCCUGGCCAAGUGGUUCACCACCAUGUCGCCCAAAGCGAAACUCAAGAUCACCAAGGAUGUCACGCAGCUCGUACUCGCACGACGAACGCGGAUGUGCAACGUCCUCGAGUACAAGGACAGUAAAGUGGUGUAUCGACGAUAUGCAUCGCUCUUCUUUGUUACGGGAAUCAGCCAGGGAGACAACGAGCUGGUGACGCUCGAGAUCAUCCACAGAUACGUCGAGGUGCUGGAUCGGUAUUUUGGCAACGUCUGCGAGCUCGAUCUCAUCUUUAACUUUCAAAAGGCUUACGCUAUCUUGGACGAGCUCAUCAUCGCAGGCGAGAUGCAAGAAUCAUCGAAGAAGUCUGUACUGCGCACGGUCAGUCAGAGCGAUGCUAUCGAAGAAGCGGAACAAUCAGAGGAUUCACUGGCAAGGAUUGGCAGCAGAUCAGGGUAG